CUCACAUCCACAUCUUGCAAAGAUCUUUUGAUGCAGUCACUUUGGGCUUCUCUGGUUCAAAACAAUCUCACAUUCCUCUCUCUCUCUCUCUCUAUCUCUCUCAUUCACACACAGCUUUGUCCCCAAAACCCACACAACACAUCCACCUGCAUUUUCUCUCACCUCUCUCACUUUCUCUCUCCUCCAUUUCACAGAUCUUCUCUUUCUCUUCCACACUGUUCCAUUCAAAGCUCAUCAGAAGCCAUGAAAGCCCACUUUCUCAGACCUCUCUAUCUUCUCCUUGAGUUCUUGCUGAUUCAAACCCAUCUUUGCUCAUUUUCCACCUCUUCCCAAAUGCUGGUUUUGCCCCUCAAAACCCAAGCAAUCCCAUUUGGGUCAUUUUCUCGGCUUCCAAACAAGCUUCCUUUCCACCACAACGUCACCCUCACAGUCUCUCUCUCAGUCGGCACUCCCCCACAGAACGUUACCAUGGUCCUCGACACAGGCAGCGAACUCUCAUGGCUUCACUGCAACAAAACCCAAAUUUCCCAACCCGUAUUUGUCCCGAAUAACUCCUCUUCCUACUUACCCAUCAACUGUUCCUCGCCCAUUUGCACCACCCGAACCCGAGACUUGUCCCUACCCGCUUCCUGCGACUCCAACAACCUCUGCCACGCGGUCCUAUCAUAUGCUGACGCGUCAUCAUCAGAAGGGAAUCUCGCAUCCGAUACAUUUAAUAUCGGGGGGUCCGAAGUUCCGGGUACGAUAUUCGGGUGUAUGGAUUCGGGUUUCAGCAGUGACUCCGACGAAGACGCCAAGACUACCGGGUUAAUGGGCAUGAACCGUGGGUUACUUUCUUUUGUUUCGCAAAUGGGUUGUCCUAAAUUCUCAUAUUGCAUUUCGAGUUAUAAUUUGUCGGGUCUUUUAUUGCUUGGUGAUUCAAAUUUUACAUGGCUUGCACCGUUGAAUUACACACCGUUGAUUCAAAUUUCAACUCCAUUGCCGUAUUUUGAUCGUGUGGCUUACACGGUUCAGCUCGACGGGAUUAAGGUUUCGGAGAAAUUACUUCCAUUGCCAAAAUCAAUAUUUGAACCGGAUCACACCGGGGCCGGUCAAACCAUGGUUGACUCCGGUACCCAGUUCACCUUCCUUCUUGGCCCGGCUUACACUGUUUUAAGGAAUGAGUUCUUAAACCAAACAACCGGAAUUUUGCGGGUCUUGGAGGAUCCGAAUUUUGUCUUCCAAGGAUCCAUGGACCUAUGCUACCGGGUCCCACUGGGUCAAACCACCUUACCACAGUUACCAACGGUAAGUUUGGUGUUUCGGGGCGCUGAAAUGACGGUUUCGGGUGACCGGUUGUUAUAUCGGGUUUCGGGUGAAAUCAGAGGGAAUGAUUCAGUGUAUUGCUUCACAUUUGGGAACUCUGAUCUAUUGGGGAUUGAAGCGUAUGUGAUUGGCCAUUAUCAUCAACAAAACGUGUGGAUGGAAUUUGAUCUUGAGAAGUCUAGGAUUGGGUUAGCUCAGGUACGUUGCGACUUGGCUGGUCAAAGAUUUGGUGUGUAUCACUAGCGUCACGACUCAUGAUCCUCCACGCUUUAUAUACAGGAGUAUUUUGAAAAGUUAGAAAAAAAAUUAAUUUUUUGAUUUUUUUAAUUUAUUUUAUCUUUUUAUGAGUGAGUUAUGUAAGAAAUGUUGUAACUUAAAAUGAAUAAAAAAU